AUGGCGACUCCUUCUCCGGUGUCUUGUGCAAUCUGCAACAUGCUUGUCUCGGAUUCCAAUGAGCAACGCCAUGUUCAAACGCACCAUUCCACUCCACCCGAUCUCCGCCGCCCUUCCGAGUGCUUUCCUUCUCUGAACUGGAUUGACUGUCCUGCGCCAGGAUGUGUGUGCUCAAUGCGCAAGGGCGAUCCGCUGAUGGCGCACUACAUUGAAAGCCAUCCUGUACAUGCCAACGAAAAUUUGACCACCUUUUUUCCCAGCGCUGUUUGCUGCGACUGCGGCCACUGGUCCUUUAAUCGCGUCUGCGCCAAAAGGCAUCGCUCUAUGAAGCAUCGUGAUGCAAUAACGCAUCCCCCCAAGGUGACAAGUCCACCGUGCACCACGCCGUCUACGGCGGCAUCAGAGACAUCACAUGCAAGUACCGAGGCGCGAACACGAGAAGCCUCAAGCGCCGCUGUGGACCGUAGCUCUUCCCCAUCAAUCGUCCAAACUCGGUCUCCACGUCGAACACACCUUGCACGAGUGGCGCAGUGGCAACCACAUCCCAAGAAGAGAAAAUCGUCUAAGUCCACCCAAUGA